AAGAAGACCGCUGAGGCAGAAGACAACCUCGUCAGAAACACGGCAUGCUGGGAUAGAUCCCCUUGUGCACGGCAAGCCCUGUAGAAACCAAGAUGGCAGAGGCUAUUUUAUGGAGAGCACUGACUGGAACAGGCCUGAAAUGAUACAUCAGCAAUCGCUCCUAGCCAGCUAGCGACCUGUAUUCGGAGCGCACCUGCAGCAGUAGCCGCGGUUGACGAAGUCGUCGUGUUCAGAGGGACUUGCACACCCCGCAGCCGUACACGCGCUCACGCACAACUGAGGGAGAAAGUCUCGUAUGAAUCCCGACGAGAAGCAGGACUGUGAGUGUGCGCCACCACAGGCCGAACCCACCCUGGCAGGAGGAUUCGACAGAUCGCUAGAGGAGUCUGACACAGAAAACCCUGAAGCAAGCCGAAUGAAGCGAGCCGCCGCAAAGCAUCUAAUAGAGCGCUACUACCACCAGUUAACUGAGGGCUGUGGAAAUGAAGCCUGCACGAAUGAGUUCUGUGCAUCCUGUCCCGGUUUCCAUCGUAUGGAUAACAAUGCGGCCGCCGUCAAGGCCCUUGAGCUGUAUAAGAUUAACGCCAAACUCUGUGAUCCUCACCCUUCCAAGAAAGGAGCCAGCUCUGCGUAUCUAGAGAACAGUGCCAAAGGACCCCAUCACAACUCCGCCUGCAGUGACAGGAAGAUGAACCGCAAAGACCUGCACCCCACGAGGGACGACUUCAAAGAUUUGAAUUACCUGACGGAGGAGAAGGUGUAUGAAAUUCUGGACAUGUGUGGGGAGAAGGAGGACUACUCCCCUCUGAUCCGCGUCAUUGGCCGGGUCUUCUCCAGCGCCGAGGGCCUGGUGCAGAGCUUCCGAAAGGCCAAGCAGCACACGAAGGAGGAGCUUAAGUCCCUCCAGGCCAAGGACGAGGACAAGGACGAGGAUGAGAAGGAGAAGGCCGCCUGCUCCGCCGCUGCCAUGGAGGAGGAUUCUGAGGCCUCCUCUUCCAGGACAGAAGAGGGAGCCGCACAAGGGGACAAUAACGUUCAAAAGCUGGGGCCUGACGAGGUGUCAGUGGACGUGGAGGCGGUGCGGAGGGUCUAUAACAAACUGCUGGCCAACGAGAAGGUCGAGGCGGCGUUUCUCAACGCGCUGGUGUACCUGUCGCCUAACGUGGAGUGCGACCUGACGUACCACAACGUGUACUCCCGGGACCCCAACUAUCUGAACCUGUUCGUCAUAGUGAUGGAGAACAGCAACCUCCACAGCCCCGAGUACCUGGAGAUCGCCCUGCCCUUGUUCUGCAAGGCCAUGAGCAAGCUGCCCCUGCCGGCGCUGGCCAAGCUGGCGCGGCUCUGGUCCCAGUACAGCGCCGAGCAGAUCCGCCGCAUGACCGAGACCUUCCAGCAGCUCAUCACCUACAAGGUCAUCAGCAACGAGUUCAGCGGCCGCAACCUGGUGAACGACGACGACGCCGUGGUGGCGGCCACCAAGUGCUUGAAAAUCAUCUACUAUGCAAACCUCCUGGGCGGGGACCUGGACACGGAGAACAACGAGGAGGAGGACGAGGAGCCCGUCCCGGAGUCCAGCGAGCUUACGCUGCAGGAGCUGCUCGGGGAGGAGCGUCGGAACAAGAAGGGGCCCCGUGUCGACCCCCUGGAGACGGAGCUGGGCGUCAAGACCACUGACUGCCGGCGGCCGCUCAUCCCCUUCGAGGAGUUCGUCAACGAGCCACUCAACGACGUGCUGGAGAUGGACAAGGACUACACCUUCUUCAAGGUGGAGACGGAGAACAAGUUCUCCUUCAUGACCUGCCCCUUCAUCCUCAACGCCGUCACCAAGAACCUGGGCCUCUACUACGACAACCGGAUCCGAAUGUACAGCGAGAGGCGCAUCACUGUGCUCUACAGCCUGGUCCAGGGCCAGCAGCUCAACCCCUACCUGCGGCUCAAGGUGCGCAGAGACCACAUCAUCGAUGACGCCCUCGUCAGGCUUGAGAUGAUCGCCAUGGAAAAUCCUGCAGACUUGAAGAAACAGCUCUAUGUGGAGUUUGAGGGAGAGCAGGGAGUAGAUGAAGGAGGAGUUUCCAAAGAGUUCUUUCAGCUUGUAGUGGAAGAGAUCUUCAACCCAGACAUUGGAAUGUUCACACACGAUGAAACCACGAGGCUGUUCUGGUUUAACCCAUCCUCAUUUGAGACGGAAGGCCAGUUCACGCUCAUCGGCAUCGUCCUGGGCCUCGCCAUUUACAACAACUGCAUCCUGGAUGUGCACUUCCCCAUGGUGGUCUACAGGAAGCUGAUGGGCAAGAAAGGAACUUUCCGUGACCUUGCAGAUUCUCACCCGGUCCUUUACCAGAGUCUGAAGGACCUGCUGGAAUAUGAGGGUAGUGUUGAGGAGGACAUGAUGAUCACCUUUCAGAUAUCCCAGACCGACCUGUUUGGGAACCCUCUUAUGCAUAACUUACGGGAGAAUGGAGACAAAAUACCUGUCACCAAUGAAAACAGAAAGGAGUUUGUUGCUCAGUAUGCUGAUUACAUGCUCAACAAAAGCGUAGAAAAGCAGUUUAAGGCCUUCAGAAGAGGUUUUCACAUGGUCACAAACGAGUCGCCUUUAAAGUAUUUAUUUCGGCCAGAAGAAAUUGAGCUACUCAUCUGUGGAAGCAGGAACCUAGAUUUUCAAGCACUUGAAGAAACGACGGAGUAUGAUGGCGGCUACAGCAGGGAUUCGCCUAUCAUUAAGGACUUCUGGGAAACGGUGCACUCUUUUGGGGAGGAGCAGAAGAGGCUCUUUCUGCAGUUCACCACAGGCACGGAUCGAGCCCCUGUGGGAGGGUUGGGCAAACUGAAGAUGAUCAUUGCUAAAAACGGCCCAGACACAGACAGGUUGCCCACGUCCCACACCUGCUUCAACGUCCUGCUGCUGCCCGAGUACAGCACCAAGGAGAAGCUGCGAGAGAGGCUGCUGAAGGCCAUCACCUACGCCAAAGGGUUCGGUAUGCUGUGAGGCGAGAGCCCAGGAGCAGGGACACGGCACGGCCCGCCCGCGCAGAACUAAUCCACUUUUGGGAAGCGAUGAAAACAACAAUAAUAGAGAAACAAGCAAAAAAAAAAAAAAAAAAAAA